AAAAACAAAAAAAAAUAUUAAAAUAAUUAAUAUUUUUUUUAAGAAAUUCUUGACGGGAAUGGAGAGUAGAAUAUUAUUAUCUUGUUCGAGAAGACUGUGAACAGUAGAAAGAAACAGAAUCCAUCUAGAAAAGCCGAGUCGAAUUAAUCAAAUCGAAUGGCAUUAACAAUCCCACAACAGAGAUUAAUUAGAUUCCUGGUAACUGGGAACAAGUGGAGCGUGAGAGAUGCUUUUUGUACUGAUAGACUCGCCAUUUUCUCUCGUUAUCACUCUUAUUCUCUUCAUCGUCCUCAUUCGCUACGCUUUACCAAUUUUCUUUCUCAUCCUUCUCUUUGUUAUAUGCUCAGACUUCGUUCUCCUCCUCUCCGCUCCAUGACCACUGCACUUUCAGACCCACCUCAAUCUCCCCCCACCAAAACGGUGAGGGUUGUGGUGAAAGGGAGGGUUCAGGGUGUGUUUUAUAGGAACUGGACUAUAGAGAAUGCCACACAAUUAGGGUUGAAAGGCUGGGUGAGGAACAGGAGGGAUGGUUCUGUAGAAGCUCUGUUUUCAGGCAAACCUGAUUCUGUUCAAGAGAUGGAGCAGAGGUGCCGCCGUGGCCCAUCCGAUGCACUUGUUACAGCACUUGAGGUGUUUCCGAGCAGUGACAAUCCUGGUACUGGGUUUGAGCGUAAACCAACUGUUUGAUCAAUCAACGUGAAGAGAUUAGUACCCAUUUCUAAUUUGGUCAUGUAAAACUCUAUAUAGGAUUGAGUUAUAUCUGAUGUACUUUGAUCACUAUUUCUACUACUUGAUGUCUAGUUGCAUAAUUGAUAUGAAACUCAGUUCUUGAAUA